AUGGCAUCUUGGAUGCUGGCAGCCACUGUAGCCGCUCUUCUGGUAGCACUCGGCCAUGCUACCGCCGCGCCUGGCGCCCCGCCGACUGCAGAUACCUGCGACAGCUUCAGCACGCUCCAGCUCGGAACAGGUGUCGACGCAAAGGCGAGCAGCGAGUCAGAGCUACGAGGGCCAUACCGACGAGUUCGCAGGCACUGGCGCCAGCCGUGGCACCGCAUCCACAAGGGACAGAUCUGGCGCAAGUACGGCGCCGUGACAUCGACGACCCCGGCCAUGACCACCAGCAGCGCGUUCACAUCGGUCGACGACUCCGGCAUGACGUCAAGCACCACAGUGCCCAGCAUUACCGACACCGGCUUCCCGCGAAUUUCAGCAGGACUCCUUAUGACAUGCGCCUUGAAGGAGCAGGACAACUUCCCCGUGUGCUGGGGCUUGGCCUCAAGCAUCGGAACAGUGCCAACGGUCGCAUUACGUGAGCUGUCCUGCAGUGCGUACUGCUGCAGGAUCGAGGAAUCGAGCAGCAUGGCUAUAUGUUGGGGUGGUGAAACUCCAACAGGGCAGAAUCUCACAGCGCCUGCCGAACCCCUCACGGGCCACCGGGUCGGCCGACAGCAAGCUUGUGCUCUGAAUGCUGAGAAAAGAGCAGUUUGCUGGGGUGCGUAG